AUGUCCUCUGAGCCACGGCAGCCUCAGCUUCAACUAGGCGAUCCUCAACACGGUGGGCCUCAUCUCCGACGGACUCAGACUGAGACCGCAACCCAUCACUACCCCGGUGAUAGUGAUGGAUGCGAGGACCCGGGCGUGCGGAGUUCGAUCAGUGGUAGCAAUGAACAAGGCUGGCGCAGAUCCGGGGCCGACUCCCAUCAACCCGUGCCCAAGCCGCCCCGGGGCAUUGGCCUUGUUCGCGAUCAUCGUGAAUCCGCGAGAAGACGGAACCCAGAGCAGGCACCACGACCAACUGGGUCCGAGGAGAAAGUCGAAUUGAAACGGCGUUCGCCAGGGCAAGGGACCAGUCCUGAGAAAGACGUUGAAGAGGAGAAAGAGAUCCCCAAACAGCUCUCGGUCCGACAGCGUCUGAAACACGUCACCUGGGCAUGGUUUACUCUAACCAUGGCUACGGGAGGCAUUGCCAAUGUGCUUCAUCACGUCCCCUACCGAUUCCCCGGCCUGUACGCAAUCGGGGCCAUCUUCUUCCUGCUCAACAUCGUCUUCUACGUGGUGCUCUGGGCCAUGAUGAUCACGCGCUUCACGCUGUACCCCUGGACAUUCCGGGCCAGUCUGACGCAUCCGACCGAGUCGCUGUUCGUGCCAGCGUUCGCCGUGUCGUUCGGCACCAUCUUGAUCAACAUAGUCGAAUACGGGUUUGGACGGGUGGGGGAAUGGCUGAGCCACGCGGUGCUGGUGCUGUUCUGGCUCGACGCCGCGGUGGCCGUGGUGCUGAGCAUUGCCAUCUACCUGAUCCUGUGGUCGACGCUGACCUUCACGAUCGCGCGCAUGACGCCGAUCUGGAUCUUCCCGGCGUACCCGCUCCUGAUCAUCGGCCCGCACGCGGCCAACCUGUCGGCGCAGGCGCUGACGCCACACCAGGCGAUCCGCGUCAUCGUCGGCGGCUUCACCAUCCAGGGCAUCGGGUUUCUGGUCUCGCUGACCAUCUACUCGGCCUUUGUGUAUCGGCUGAUGACCCAGAAGCUGCCGGCCGAGCCUCUCCGGCCGGGCAUGUUCGUGUCGGUCGGCCCGUCGGCCUUCACCGUCAGCGGCACCAUCGGCAUGGCCAAGAACCUCCCCAACGUCAUCGCCGCCACGCCCGGCGCCACCUUCAUGGCCGUCCCGGGCACGCUGGCCGCGCAGAUCCUGCGGCUCGUCGCCACGUGGAUGUCGCUCUGGCUGUGGGGGCUGGCCUGGUGGUUCUUUUUCGUCAGCCUCGUCUCCAAUAUCGACUGUCUGCGCGACGAGCACCGCAUGCCCUUCUCCAUGACCUGGUUCAGUUUCGUCUUUCCGCAGACCGCCCUGACCACCGCCACCUUCGCCGUCGCCGAGGCCUUGGAUGUCGACGCCAUCCGCAUCAUCGGCUGCGUCAUGACCUGUCUGUUGGUCGUCGUGUGGUUUGCCGUCGUGGCCUUCAUGGGCCGCGCCGUGCUUCAGAAACAGAUCCUCUGGCCGGAAAGGGGUGAGGACAAGACCGAGGGCGGCUUCCAUGCUAGGCAGGAGGAUGCUUUUUUUGUGUCAGCCGCUGUGGCGAGGGCCGAGGGCUUUGCGGGAGCCAGGGCUGUUGCCGAAGAGAGGGACUUUGACGCCGCCGAGAAGAAUGUCUGA